CUCAAAAUUAAAAACUAUUCCAGUUAAAAAUAACUACGUAAUGAUUACGUAUGAAGUGCAAUUGUCAAUCCAAUUAACUAGAUAACUGGUGCUCUCAGCAUGAUUCAUAGCUGGGCGAUUAAGUUAUCGCGAUUGACCACAUCUUUGCCUACCGAUGGCUAAUUUGUACAGUUACAAAAUGAAGCUGUUCCUAGUCGGGUGUGUUUUUAUCGCCUAUUUCGUCCACGUACUCGUAGCGAACCAAAAAGGAUGCUCUUUUUCGGUGCAUGGCCAAAGUGAGAAAAAUUCUCCCAUCUUGCUGCAGAACGACACGACAUUGAUUGUGCCCAAUAACGGUAAAGUCAGCUUGAAGCGGAGAGACACCGUCACGCUGCUGUGUCCAGAUUCCAAGAAUUAUUUAGUUGGAACUCAAUCAAACAUAACGCAGGCACAGUGCGUGCAAGGAGGCAUUUUACGCGUGGCCAAUCAGGACCUGACUUUCCGCGAUCUUCAGUGCAAGAAGAUCAUCAGAGGGACGGUGGCCAAGACCACGAAGAAAUGUGGGGAGAAUAAGGGACGGAUUUACAAAAUUGGCUACCAAAUUUCCUCGCGAAACUUCUUAACACUAAUCGAAGUUUGCUAUGAUCCUAACUCAGGAACCACCCUAUACACUGAGCACGCACUCCACGGACAAGACAUCAAAUACGCUUCCAAAUCGAAUUACCGCCCAGCUUUUAGUCCUGAAGCUUCCGCGGUUGCGGCUUCCGUCGCGUACAAACAGACGUUCCAGAAAUCAACUUUCAAUAAAUUAAUGAAAUCGGCGCUAAAAGCCCAGGAAUACAUCAACGAAAACUCGUUUCUAUCCCGUGGACAUUUAUCGCCCGACGCUGAUUUUCUCUACGCCGCCACUCAAUACACCUCCUACUAUUACAUAAACGCGGCCCCGCAAUGGCAAACAAUCAAUGCCGGAAACUGGAAAAAAAUCGAGCUUCUAGUGCGGAAGCUCGCCGAUAACCUUCAAGAAACCCUAACCGUAAUCACAGGAACCUACGGUGUUUUGACUCUUCCGGACGUUAACGACAACGAGGUGGAUGUAUAUCUCGUUUCCGGGAGCAAACUACCGGUGCCUAAAUUUUUCUGGAAAAUUAUUUAUGCCAAACACUCGAGACAGGCUGUAGUUUUGGUCAGUUUGAACAAUCCUUUUGUUAAGGAAAUUGGGAAAGGAGAUUUCUUGUGUUCGAAUGUUUGCAGUAAAGUUGGGUGGGGUUCAGGAUCAUGGUCAAACUACGAACGCGGUUUUGUGUAUUGUUGUGAUUACAAACAGUUUGUUGAUAAAGUUGAAACCGCACCGAAACUCAGCGUUGUGGGCGUGCUACAAGGGCCGAAGUAAUUGCCUCGUUUCUUCCGAGUUUUAAUUAAACGAAUGCCGAUUUCUACAAUGUAUCAUUAAGUAAUUUGUAUUACGAUACAAAGAAAGAAAAUUCAUUGCUUGAUACGAGCAAGUAGUUAAAGGAAUGUGUAAAGGGAUGUUUGAAAUAAAGCAAAUAUAAAAAGUAACAAA